AUGGAUAUAUCGGCGCUAGUGAAUCACGACACAGAGGCAGCGGUGCCACCGCGCCGCUCGCUCUCAAAUCCCCAUUCCCUCUCUGCACCUAUUCCUUCCGCAGCGAGCAUCUCGACGCCGCCGAAGCCAACCCAUAAGCCGAUGCCACCACUCAAACGCAAGCGCCACGACCCGAAGCCUAUAUGGGCGUAUCGAGAGGGCGAAGAACUUCCACCAGAGCUUAAGCAACAAGAAGAGCAGCGCCAACAGCCGCGUCUUGCACCUCCACCCGCAACCCAACCUCAACCUCAACCUCAACCGCAUGGCUCGCCAAUAGUCCAACGAAACGGGGCUCCUCCCAGUGCGAUCGAUGGGCCUUCUGAACCAGUUAUCGCGACCGGGCUCGCCGGCUUUGAGCGACCUAUUUCCGACGAUGCACAUGUCUACGACGACGUCUCGCGCAAAGUAUGCGACUUCAUAUGGGUCACGGCCGUCAACAACGAGCUUGUGCGAAAUGCGAUCGCGGACCCCCUGACACAACUGGAGGUUGAAGCACGCUGGGGCCAUAUCAUAGACAGGCGCAGCGACCAGCGUUUUCGUGGCUACCACGACAGCGAGUGCGUCAUCAAGACGGACAAUAUGGAGGUCAAGUUUGAAAGCACCAUGACGAUUGAGCAGCACAAGCGCAUGAACAUGUACCUCAACGGCCAAGUUCAAAAGGCAAAGGCGCCUGGGGCUUCGCGCGCUUCGGUCGAAUACCAGCAUACGAAGGAAGUCGACAUCUUCUACGAGCUUGACCAACAAGGCUUCCUGUCGUUGAACCCGAUCGUACAGCGCCUGAUCAACCAGUCGGGUACCCGCCAACGAAUCCGAGUAACCAAGGACGCAAAGACUGGUAACCUCCUCCGGGCCAUCAUCAAGCACCGCAUAGGGAACUUGGAAAUCAGCUCUCCGCAGACUGAGUGGGACUACCGCAUCGGCAUAAAUCUUGAAAUCGACUUUCCCGGACCGAUCGAGAAUCUGCAACCCGCUGUCGAGCCGGGAAAAACGCCGGAGAGCAUGCAGCGUCACAAAGAUCGCAUAUCAUACUCAUGGCUGGGCGCAUACCAAGUCGACUUGACGCAGGUGACGCAGGGACAAAAUAGGAACCAUGAGCUAGAGCUGGAGCUUGAUGCCGGCGUGCUGAUAGACAACGCUGACAAGGUGAGGCAGAAGGCGGGAAACAGCUUCGAAGGCUUGAUCACGGGCAUGAUGAACAACCUAAGGGUUCUGUCGCGUGAGAUUACUCCACCGGCACCGGGUACUUGA